AUGUAUCCUCAAGCGGCCGAGUAUCUAGAUGACAGUGUUCAUGAGACAAAAUGGGCAAGAUGUAAAUUUCCGGGAGAAAGGUACAACAUAGACACAACCAACACUGUUGAAUCUAUCAAUGGUGUUUUGAAGGAACCACGGAAAUAUGUGUUGUUGCCAAUGCUUGAUGUGAUCGUGGAAAAAAUAACAGAAUGGUUCAACAAAAACCGUAUAUUAUCUCUACACGUACCAGAGAGACAGAUACUAAUCCCACAUGUGCAUGGGAUAUUGCAUCACAUAUAUCCUACGGCUAAAAAGCUCAAGGUGACCGAGCUAAAUACAUUUGAAGGUCACUACAAUGUGCUUGGCGAGGAUGGUCAUGGUUAUUUGGUUGAUUUGAGCAACAUAACAUGCUAUUGUAGGUAUUUUGAUAUUGAUCGGUAUCCUUGUGUGCAUGCACUUGCUACCAUCAUGGCGUGUGGAGAAAUGGCUGAACAUUAUUGUUCUAGGUAUUACUGGAUGGAGCAGUGGACUUUGGAAUAUUACAGGACAAUAUAUCAAGUGUCUCAUCAUUCAACAUGGGAAAGUUCUAAAAUUCCUGAGGAAAUCCGAUCUCAGGUUGUCUUCCCUCCUGGCAGUGAUAACAAUAGCAGUGGUAGCAGUGACAGCAGUGGUAGCGAGGGAAAUGGGGACGAGGGAGGUGACAACGAAGGAAGUGGUAAUACAGGUGCAACAUGGUAA